AGCUGACUAUAAAUAUCCAAAACCCAAUCAAUCACCAUUCCCCCUCUCCUCUCUUCUUUGAAAUUGUUAAUUUAAUUUUAACUUGACAACUCGCUGAAUCAUGUCGGACGAGGAGCACCACUUCGAGUCUAAGGCUGACGCCGGCGCUUCCAAGACCUACCCGCAGCAGGCUGGCACCAUCCGCAAGAACGGAUACAUCGUCAUAAAAAACCGUCCCUGCAAGGUUGUGGAGGUUUCUACUUCCAAAACUGGAAAGCACGGUCAUGCUAAGUGUCACUUUGUUGGAAUUGAUAUCUUCAAUGGGAAGAAGCUUGAAGAUAUUGUUCCCUCCUCCCACAACUGUGAUGUUCCACAUGUUAAUCGUACUGACUACCAGCUGAUUGAUAUCUCUGAGGAUGGCUUUGUGAGUCUUCUGACUGAAAAUGGUAAUACUAAGGAUGACCUGAGGCUUCCAACUGAUGACAGUCUGCUCACACAGAUCAAGGCUGGAUUUGAAGAAGGGAAAGAUCUUGUUGUGAGUGUGAUGUCUGCUAUGGGAGAGGAGCAGAUUUGUGCCCUGAAGGACAUUGGUCCCAAAAACUGACCUUGGUUGUUUGACGUGAAAUGCUGAAGACCGUAGAACAAAAGAUGGAGGAUAAGAUAGUGUAGCUUAUUGGGGUUGGGGUUUAUGGUUUUGAGAUGAAGGGAUCAUCUGCUAAAAGAUCAUGCUUGACUAGUUGUGGCCUCUUAUAAGAUGACUCUUGCCAUUUGUUAAUUGGCAUUUAUAGACUAUAUAUUUUUGUUGUGUUUGAUUGCUGCACUGCUUGAAAGUUGAACUGUGGUUCUUGGUGUGGAGAAGUAAUAUCCGCCAGCAUGCAAGACUGUAUAUACACUUCUAAGCACCUUUUUAAGUUUGGAUUUGCAAUUUACACUUAUUCCCAUUUUCUGAUUUCGUUAUAAGCAUAUUCCAUUUCUAGUUUA